CGCGGAGGCGGGGGCCGGGCGCGGGGGGCGGAGGCCGGGCGCGGAGGCGGGGGCCGGGCCGGGCAGCAUGAUCGGCACUGUGCUGUGCUACGUUUUGCUGCCCGCCGCGCGGCUCUUGCGGGCCCUGCGAGAUGCUUUCUUUACCUGUCGAAAGAAUGUGCUUCUGGCGAAGAGCACGUCCACCCAGGUAGAGGGCAUCUUUGCUGCGACCAGAGGAAGGUCGGUCCCAGAAGAGCAAGAAGCCCUGCUCCAGCAGUGGCUGGAGGAAGGAGCAGGGAAUUUACCAGCCAGUGAGAGUGCUCCAGCAGUGGGGAGAGUAUCAGCUACACUCACUAGUGACUGGUUAGAAGGUUCAGAGCUAUUGAUGACUAGUCUUAGUGACCUGAAUUCAGCUCCAGAAGUCACGUGGUGUGCUGGUCAGCAGCUCACAGAGCUACACCCCUUGGCAUCUUCAGAACCACAAGAUCAUGCAGUGGCUGAACUGGCCAAAUUACCAGCAGAGGAAACAGUGGCUGUAGUAGGCAGUGCCCCUUGGGCAGCUGUAAUGCCACAGAUGGAUCACCAGAUAGUUGGCUGUGCCACUGUAGAUGUAGAAGGGCAGAAUGAAGACCCAGCUGUGUUGGCAUGGAGCUUAGGACGUGAUGCAGAGAUAGUGCCAGUGGAGCCCCCAGCCUGGACCAUUCAGGAUAUGGAACAAUUUCAACCUCUUCCAACAGAGGUACCCUACCAUGAGAUUUUAUGGAGAGACUGGGAGGAUCUUUCUGUCCAGCCGUAUGUGCUAGAGCAGGUCUCAAGAAACGUGCCCCUCUUUGAAUUUCGGGUGAUGUCUUACAACAUCCUGGCCCAGGACCUGGUGGAACAGGGUCUUGAUCUUUACCUACACUGCCAUCCAGACAUCCUGAACUGGAACUACCGCCUUCCAAACCUGUUGCAGGAAAUCCAGCACUGGGAUCCUGAUGUUCUGUGUCUCCAGGAGGUACAAGAGAAUCACUACUGGGAGCAGCUGGAACCAACGUUCAGGAUGAUGGGCUUUGCAUGCUUCUAUAAACGGAGAACUGGGAGGAAAACAGAUGGCUGUGCAGUAUGCUAUAAGCAUAGCAAGUUCCAGCUGAUCAAUGUCAGCCCGAUAGAAUAUUUCCAGCCUGGUCUGGACAUCCUCAAUCGGGAUAAUGUGGGCUUGGUGCUGCUACUACAGCCCCUGCUCCCAGAGGGCUUGGAUCUGAAGAUGGUCAGUCCUUUGUGUGUGGCCAACACUCAUGUAUUGUACAAUCCCCGCCGGGGAGAUGUCAAACUUGCACAGAUGGCCUUGCUCCUAGCAGAAAUCGACAAGAUUGCAAAAACUACUGAAGGCAGCUACUGCCCUGUCAUCUUGUGCGGUGACCUGAACUCUGUACCUGAUUCUCCACUGUACAAAUUCAUCCGGAAUGGUCAGCUUUCUUACCAUGGGAUGCCAGCCUGGAAGGUAUCUGGACAGGAAGACUUUUCCCAGCAGUUGCAUCCACGGAAGCUGCUGGCUCCACUGUGGCCAAGCUCGCUGGGUGUAACGGACAACUGCCAAUACGCCUCUCUGUGCCUGUCAAAGAAAUCGGACAGACGUAAGUACAGCCGGGACUUCCUGCUCCAGUUCCAUUUUUGCGAUGUUGCCUGUGAACGACCACCACAGUUGAUCCUCUUAGAAGGUGUGACAGAUGCUAAACCAGACCGUCCUGCACACUGGCCCAAGCAUGCUGCUGUGGUGAAUGACCCUGAUCCCCAGCCCUUCUUCCCAAGGUCUUCAGGUGUUAUUCAGCAUGGUCUCAACCUGACCUCAGUCUACAGCCACUUUCUGCCACAGAGAGGGCGCCCAGAGGUCACGACCAUGCCCAUGGGGCUUGGAGCCACCGUUGAUUAUAUCUUCUACUCAGCAGAGCCUGUGGAGAAUGGGAACAGAGCGGGUCGCAGGCUGUACCAGGAUGGAGCCCUGAAGCUGCUUGGCCGACUUUCCCUUCUCUCUGAAGAUGUCCUGUUGAUGGCAAAUGGCUUACCCAAUCCUUUUUGUUCAUCUGAUCAUCUCUGCCUGCUGGCUAGCUUUGGCUUGGAGAUCUCCAGCCUCAGAGAGGGUGCUGAGAUAGCAAGUGGGAGACAGACUGGACUAGAAGCUGGCUUGUACUACAGUAAAAGAUGCAUAUGCUCCAUUCAGUCUUUCCUUUUACACACAAAGGAGAUCUGACAUUGAGUCCUAGCAAUGUUACUUAGUUUGAGGCCUGACUCAAUGCAGCCUAAAACUGCUUUGCUCCCCCUGGAUGGAAAGCCAGCUACAGCAGCCCUAGGUUUAUUCAGUUAUGGGCUACUUUCAGCAGCUGCUCUCAAACUGGGAGUAAAUAAAUGCACUAGCUAUUCUAAAAGCUUUCUCACUUCUCCUUCCCUCCCUCCCCCCCCCCCCCAAAAAAAAAAAAAAAGGUGGGGUAGGAGACAGGAUGGCAGUCACUCCUUAGCAAAACAAAAACGUAAACCAGGAAAGCUGAUUCAACUGAGUUAGCAGGCCAUUAGAGACUUUGGUUGUCCAUAGCAGGUCAUAUACCUUUUCCUUUCACAGUCUUGCAGUUUGUACACUGAGAGAAUUCUUUAAGGUUUGGUUCUCCCCCCCCCCCCCCCCCCCCAAUUAAUAUCCUGUAUGCUUCUAGGCAUGUGAGGGCCUUAAAUUUUGCAGUCAUGGGCUUCUCAACAUAAUAGCUGACCAGUAGUUGCUUUUUAAAAUAUUAUUUUUAUUGAUUCACUGAGUUAUGGGGUUUUACAGCUUCUUUUCAGUCUCCUUUCCACAGCAGUUGGACCUUAACGCAAAGCCUUUGACUUAAAAGCCUAGAACUGCAGAAACUGUCAGUAGCAGGAUGAAAGUCUGAUCUAAGAGGGAACAGAAAGUCUUAUUUUUACAUCUCAGCUGUGGACAAGUCACUGCUUUACCUUUCUGACUCUUUGUCUAGCAAUCAACCUGACCCAUACUUCUAUAGGGGUUUUACAGGUUACCUGAUUUUUAAGAAAAUCAAAUCUGGGGCAGAGGGUAUUCUCAAACAAGCAUCUCUGUGUUCCUCCACUGAGAUGAAGUAGAGGUUUAUAGAAGUUAGAGCAUUUUAGUGUCUUUGCUAAUAUUAUCAAUCUUGAAGUAUUUAAUUAGAGGACAUGGAGCAAGAAAUCCUCUACUGUUGAUGAAGUCUAUUGUGAAUUUCUGGGCUUGAGCACAGACUUUACAGGAUUAUGUGGUUACUUUUUUCUUUUGUCUCUUAACACCACCUAUCAAGUGCUGUGCAAUUACUUUCCGCCCAAGGCAGAAGCUGUUCAUGUAAUUUAACUUAGCUAAGAGGGACUGUUGUAUGGACACCACUCUCUUUGGAGGAACUGGGUAGGGGGUGCUUAUUCCUUUCCUGUACACUUGCAUAAGCUCUAAGCUUGUUUGCCUACAUCCUGGCCCUGGUCCCAGCUAUUACUCAUUCCCCAAGAGAAGGGUAUGUUAUGCCUGAAAGACAAUAGCUUGAAUAAAGUUGGAUCCCCCUUGCUGGAGAAAUGCACUAAGUCUUGCAGCUGACUGUCCUCUAUUAACCCAGCAUCUGUCUUGAGAAGAAGACCUGGUGAGGUCAUGAGCCUGGAAGGCCACUAAACUGCUGCUUUUUUUUUUUUUUUUUAAAACAGAGCUUAAGUAGAAUAGUAUUUCAGGCCAGGAAAGGAGACUGGAUCAUAUGUUGAAGAUGGCGGAAAUAAGAGGCUUGUGUUAACCCUUGGAGUAUUGUGUCAAGAUUGAAAUUCCUAUCACUGUAUCCUGCAGACUUUGUUCCAUCCAGCCUGACUGCUGGCAGUUCAGAAGGAAAAGAUGCGUUUCAGCCUUUUUUAGACAGCUACAUGCAUACUUCUUACUCUCUGGCAGCUACUUCUACAUGUACAGAUGUACUCACCUGCUCAGAUGAUUGAAGGAGAAAAAAAUUUCUUCCAUGUCCUCUUUCCGUAAUGCUGUGAGUGAAGGGCAUCUAUACUUAAUCUAUCUGAUACCAUCACUCAAGAGUAUACCUUUGACUCCUCAACUGACUGAAAAGGGAAAGUUAAAAUCAGGAAGAAAGACAGUACAGACAUCUUGUUUUCUCUGCACAAGCUGACAGCAGUACAGAGGGAAUUUUAUUGUCUAAGUGUGAAAGGAAGCAGGAAGAAGUAUCAAGGACUAUGGGAAGUGCAGUAAGAACUAAAUCUAAAUACAGGUUCUGUGUUGGCUACACAAGUACACAGAACCAUGCUGAUUAAUUACAAAAAGACACAUGAUAUAGUUCAUAAAGAAAGAAACCCUCCAUUUCUUAGUUCUGAGCUGUACCAGUGAUAAAUAUGUAAAUGGUUUUGGAGCACCCUAUGAGUGCUAGAGUAGAAUACUGAUGUGCAUGGAAGGGGACCCUCUGGUCCCACUAGCACCAUCUCAACCCUGACCUUGAGCAAAACUCUGCUCUGCAGAGAUUACAGGGGAUUUAGUAGCCUUCUUGGCCUAAGUUGAGUUGCUCUUAAGCAGACAGAGCCAGGGCACACUCUGAAGGAGAGUGGCUGUGAUAUAAGUAAACACCUGCUCAGGAAACAGACAAAAAUAUUAAAUUCCCUAAGGAGUUCAGCUUGGUUGUAGAGAGCUCUGCUCUGGCAGAGCAAAAACCAAGCAAGAAUAGCACUUGCUUUCUUAGGUUAUAAACUCUCUAAUGCACAUCUUGCAGGAUAACAGUGCAAGACCACUGGAAUUCAUGGUGUUACUUCAGCAAGACUCACACACAAAAUAUGCAUGGGAGAUGGGGCACAUCCUGCUUAUAUCUAGCUCCUAAUCAUCAGGACCACUUGAAAUACUUUACUUAAAAGUAGUAAAUGGCUAAAGCAGCCACCUGAAGGAAUUAGCCAGAACCACUGAAGCAGAGAUAAACCCAUCUAAUCCAGACUCUUCCCUUUUAGCAACAGAGGAUGCUUCUGUUCAUUAUGGUUUCUUAAACACUGCAAGUUUAAAGACAGUCAUGUUUCAGUGUAUGCAACACUGCAUGUGAGCCUGCCCUCAGGGGUAGGCACCUGAUUAAGGCUUUUAUCUGAAAUGCUUUAAAAAAAAAAAAAAAAAAAUUCACCUUAAGUAGAUCUGAUAACAGCAAUAUAGCUACUGUAUAAACACAAACUACCUCUUAGCCACAGUUCUGGAGUCAUUUAUUCUGGCAGGGAUCCAAACAUACUAUGUACUGACCCCAUACAGUGGCACACAGGUAAGAGUCAUCUGAAUAAAAGCACUCCACUGCCCAGCUAAAACACUUGCUAAUAUACCUUAAGUUCCUAAAGACUCACUUAGCUUAUCAGGGUUUAAAAAACAAACAAACAAACCCCCCCCCAAAAAACUUGUGUCACAGAUUGCUAAAGACCUGAUCCCACUUCUUAGUACAUGAUGUUUAUAUUAGAGUGACAUCAUAGAAGAAAGUUCUUGGUUUUGCUCACUAAUGCAGGCAUCCAUUUAAAAAAGACUCGAUUGCCCCUGUGUCAGAGGACUUGUCUACAUAAAAGUAUAAGGAGAAACUCUUAAUUCAAGGUUUGAAUCACAUUUAAAAUAGUUUUUGCUAGCACUAGGCCAACAUUUGCUCAAGUAAAGCCUUUCUAACCUCACCUAGACUGGGCGCACAACACAGGCAGUGUCUAUCCAUUCUCCAUGUAUGGAGGCAGUUCCCUUCCAUAGCAUUCAGAAGGACUUGGACUCCAGAACAGACAUCAGAUGAGACCUAUUGAACAGUGAAAUUUACACCCCAGAGCUAUUUGAACUAUCACAUCAAUAUUUAACAUUAAAUACUUCAUUAAAAGGAAUCUUUCAGAACCAUCUUUUUUUGCUCUGCAGAUGCUAAGGUGUAUGGGUUAAACCCUAUUUUUUCACUUCCAUUCAUUAUCUGUCAUGCUAAAGAACGGAAAAGUGAAGAAGAGUCAUCUUCAGACUUUUUCUUAGGUUAUGAGGCAGACAGACCAGAAACUAGAUCAGCUGAUUGAGGGAGGAAAGUGGAAUUGCAAAAGCAGGGUUAAUCCUUCAUUGUACCCUCAAGUUACUUAGGGCAUAAAACUAGACUACACAAAUCUUCUGUGUCAAGUUUGGGAUUUGGGGGUGCCCUUUUGUUUAUCAUCUCAGCAAGGAACCUAAGCUUUAUACUGAAGCGAUUCAUCUUGCUAUGGAGAUAGAGUGGACAAGGACAAGAAGGGGAAAAUUGUUAGGACAUUUUCUAUUUCUUUGCACCAGCCACUAAACUGGUGAUACAGAAACAGCAAGGGGCAGGAGAUUUACCACCCAAAGAAACACAGCAGAAGGCUUGAAACAGUAACCCUAGUAGAUGCCUCAGUGUUUGGUCCUGUGUCCAUCUUGAGAAGUCAAUGUUAGAUACAUAAGAAUUGAAAGACUCCUCACAUACACAGUUAUGCAACUAAAUCUUGAAAGAGGAUAUUCUUGUCUGGCUCCAGCUAGCAAGUGCUCUGAAGGAUGAGGAUUAAGAGACCUUGAACUCUACCUGUCACUCGUUCCUUAAACAUCCACUUCCUUUGAUUUUCUAAACUAUUGGCCUCAGUUACAUCCUGCAGGAAAGUGCUUAAUUACUGGGUCAAACAAAGCAUUUUGUUUUAAGCCAUUCUGCCCUGGUGAUCUAACACUGCUGAGCAUCCUUUUGCCCUGCUCUCAAGAAAGCAUCAUUAGCAUGCAGCUGACCCUUCUCUCGCCCCUUCUUUUUUUAAGUCUUCUCCUCCCUCCUUUCCAUCUAAAAAGGCUCACGUCUAUCCAGCUAUUGAAUGUGCUCUGUAUGAAGCUACUAAUUAUUCUCAAGAGCUUUCCAAUCACUCUGAGUUAACUAACCAACAAAAAAAUGGUAUAUGUCCUAGUUUUAUCUAAGUGGGUAUUAAAGUGGAUGAAAUUCAGAAAAAUACUGUAAUAAAACCUAACAUUCAGUCUC